GGGGUAGGGGCAUUGUAAGUAGAAUUGCCGAGCAGUAUAUAAGAGGUGUUCACAUUUGACAAUUGUUACACCAUCCAACCGUUUCAACGUUUAGUUCGCUCAUCCCGUCCUUCGUUCUCCCUUGGUUGCUCUUUAUAGUUUCUAUGUCUGCCGUGCUGCAAUACCCCCCUGAGCUGCUGUUUACUAUAUGCGAAUAUAUCUAUGCCGCCGGUUUACCACCAUCCGAUUCUACCAGUUCUCUUGAUCCACUUGCAAUUGGCGAGUAUGGUUCGCCAACGGCGUUACCAUCUUCUAUGCCACCGCCCAAUUGGAGCGAGCCGGUAGCGCGUAAAACCCUCUCACAUCUUUGUUUGGUAAACCAUGCAUGGUAUGAAGCUGCCAAGCCAUGGUUAUGGCAUAAAAUCGAGGUUCGUCUGCCCAGGAGCUGGCUCGCUCUGGUAGACGAGAUCAUCGAUCCCGAAGACGACGAAAAGGCUGCUUUGGCAGUCAAAGAGUCUAUUCAAGCCGCCACUCAUGCUGCUUUAGCUAGCAGUAUGGUUAUUGGAGCAUCUUCCGAUGAGGAUGCAGCUAGGAGAUGGAAGGAAAGCAUCAUAGAGUCCUUGACUGGACCAGAUGGUUCCAUUCCUCCUGAGCUUUUGACGCCCCCAGCCUCUCGCGACCCGAGUCCGAGACGUCUUAGGGCAAAAAGUAAAAGUCCCGCACGCUGGAAGAUUAUGAAGACAAUUAGUGACGCCGUUCAGAACGUUAUGGAUCUUACUGAACCUGGGGUUUAUGUGCCAAGACUGCACGAUCCCCGUCCUGGUCGCUUUGUUCGACAUCUAGACUUUAACCACUUUCGUACCAUUGGAAUGCGCCGUUCCGUAGAGGAUAGCGCAACUAGUCGUUUCGUGACCGGAGAACGUGUCGAAGCUCUUCUCAAGGAACUUCCAAACCUAACUGCUUUCGGUGCCACGGAAUACAUGGAUGGUGCUCUAUCGCUUCCCGUUUUGACUGAACUCUUGCUUCGUGGUUCUGCUUCCAGAGGAGGGGGUCGCCCUACUCGUGGACGAGGAAUCGUGGUCGAUGAUUUCGAAGAAGAGGAUCGCGAAAGAAGGAGAGACUGCAAGAACAUUCAGGCCAUGGACCUUACUGGCUGCGUCAGCGCAGUUUUCGUCAGCGCCCUGACAGAGUUCGUUAACACACAUCUGCUUCAUGAGGAUGAAUCCUCAAGUGGAAGUGACGAUGAAGGUCGUCGUCAGAUCAGACGUGCUCGUGCUCGAUUUAUGCAAGAAGAGCCACUCACAUUCCCAGGGCUUCAGCGCCUUGGUCUUCGUGGCGUGAAAUCGAUUCAACCUCGGAUUCUCAUGCCGUUUGUUCUCGCAUUCCCAUCUCUUACUCACCUCGACCUUUCCGCCACCCGAGUCACGCCGGAAUUACUCACUGCUCUUGGAAAUUCAACGAUUUGCCUGCGUUCACUUGCGCUCGCCCGGUGUAUACACCUCACGGGGACCUGUAUCAGGGAUUUCCUCGUUCGUGCACCGGCAGCUGCGCACAUCCAGGAACUCACGCUCUAUGGUGACCGAACAUUCCCAUCUCCGCUCACAACGGAUGAUCUCAAUGAAAUAAUAUCUUCCGCGCCGUGUUUCACCUCUGGUGAACUUACUUAUCUCGACCUCUCAAGCGCACCUGUGACUAAAGAACUCCUCCUUGACGUCUGCAAACCGCUACCAAAACUGCGGUCGCUUGGUCUAUCAUAUAUUCCUGAUCUCAAAUUAGACGUCAUCGCUCGAUUUUUAAAGAGCAAGGCUAGGAAUGUCGAGGUGCUCACGCUUAUUUCGACUAGCCCCGAUUUAGAUUGGGGCAGGGCCGGAGUUGGGAUGGGGGUCCCUCGAGGCUCUGCACAGCAGGCAACGAUCGCUUUGCACUCACAGAUUAUCGGACCGCUAUGCACGCCCCCUUACAUGUCUACCCUGCGUUCGCAGGCGGUUGUGAUGCCUCCUUCACCCACGCGCCUUCGGGUUAUUGAACUUUCCGUACCCACUCUCGCUGCCCUCGGUGCUGGCGCCGGGACCUGGAGAAUAAUCAAGAGCAAAGGCGGCCGAGGCUGGUAUGUCGACACGGCCAGUGGCUGGGUUGGCGGCGAGCUCAAGCGGAACCUUGCCCAAGAACAUCCCCUUCGGGUUCAGAUGCAUCGGCUGGCAGAUGCCAACGGCAACGUAAAUAGCGGUGUUGGAUGGCACGCGAGAAAGAUGGAAGUUUUGCACGGGUGUGGUAUGUUAGGUCGCGAGGAUGGCCUGUACGGUGCCGUUUCGUUUGCUUACCAGGGAUAAUGACUCCGAAUCGGUUGAUGUUUUGUUACCUGCCGUUGACGGCUCCUUAAUUUUCGUUUACUUACCAGGGACAAUGACUGCGAUUCCGUUGAUGUUCGUUGCUGCCGUUGACGGCUUCAUAAGUAUUGCGUUUUAUGUAUUUGACAGCAGCAUUGUCUGUGUCAUCGUUCGUCAUACCGGCAGAUUUACCGCACUAGAUGACCUCAUGUACUGGACUAAUUAGCGCCCUUAGGAGGGCUGAAUGUUAAUAUGGUUGCUCAUCA